UGUUAACAGUCGAAAUUCGAAGUAAACUGGAGAUUGGAGUAACUUUUUAUAAAGUAUAAACCAUAGUUUCUUUAGUUAAAACUUUGUACGAGUCGUAGAAAGUUGUUGAAUUUUUUUUAAAUGAACCAAUAUUACAAUAAUUAAAUGUCUUUAUUACGACUUUGUUGUUAUUGUAUUAGUAGAGAUAGACUAGCAAUUACUUUACGGUCUACAUUUAAAAUAAAACCCCUAUGUUUACCAAAUCCAAUAAAAUAUGGUAACUAUUACGCACAUACAAAGAAAUCCGAUUUCAAAUGCUGGAAUUGUCAAUCUGUUGCACACACUAAGCCAAGUUUAUUUUGCGAAAAUUGUUCUUUAAUACAGUCUGCCGUUCUACAAGAUUUCAAUUAUUUUGAGUUAUUCAAUUUAGAAGAACAAUAUAAUAUCAACACAGUACAAUUGACCACAAAUUUUAGAAAAUUACAAAAUCUUAUACAUCCAGAUAAAUUUUCUAAUAAAAGCAAUGAAGAAAAAGUGUUGUCCGAAACCUUUUCAUCCCUCUUAAAUAAGGCAUAUAGUACGCUACUCCAUCCAUUACAAAGAGGUCUGUACAUGUUGAGUGUACAUGGUAUUAAUCUUGAAGAGCACUCGAUUACACUUGAUAAAACAUUUUUAAUUGACAUCAUGGAAUGGAAUGAAAACAUAGAGGAAGCUGAUACAAAAACUUCUAUUGAAAAAUUAAAAGAAGACAUAGAUGGAAUAUUAAAAAAUACUUAUGAAGAAGUGUCAAAUGCAUUUACAGAGAAUAAUCUGAAUGAAGCAAAAGCAUUGUUGUCAAAAGCCAAAUAUUUUGUGUCAAUGUUGGAAAAAAUCAAAGAAAAAGAUGUAUGAGUAUGUGUUAACACUCGCUACCCGGGAGCACGACACGGAGCCACUCGACAAACAGCCACCGAAAAUCGACACGGAGCCACUCGACAAACAGCCACCCGAAGAGAUACCAACAUGUACAAUAUUUAUGUAAAAUGUACGAUUAUUAUUUGUGUAUGUUGUGCGGCCGACACCACAUAUUAUAACGGAGUAAUAGCAAAAAAUGUAAUUUCCAAAUUGUAUAUCAAUAAAAAUAAAAACAGUAACUUUGUAGAAAAUAUUAUAUUUUUAUUAAAACCCCUAUUGUAUAGAAGACAUUGUUACUAUGUUCAUUG